AUGUUAAUGGAACUAAAGUGUUUUAUAGCAAGUAUUCAUAUCCUCAAUUUGUCGAUAUCAGUCCGGAGUCCCAGUGCGGGAUCAGUUGAAGUGUCUAACGGUCGAUUGUUUGUGUUAAUGGCUGGAACUCCUCACGAGCGUUGGGGCAGUCAGGCGGAGUACUUGCUAUCAUGUCUGGGGUACGCUGUAGGCAUUGGCAAUAUUUGGAGAUUUCCUUACUUGUGUUAUCGGAAUGGAGGAGGAGCAUUCCUCAUACCGUAUUUCCUCACAUUGGUUAUUUGCGGCAUCCCACUUGUUUAUUUAGAGACAACACUGGGACAGUUCGCUAGCGCUGGAUGCAUAUCAGUUUUCAAUCUAAACCCGUUAUUUAAAGGUAAAGUAUUACUAAUGCCAUUGAAUUUGGUUACAAUUCCAAAAUUUAUGAUUAGUUGUUCAUCUACAGGAGCGGGUUAUGCGGUCGUAAUACUAAACGUCAUAGCUGUGGUGUACUUCUCAUCCAUCAUGUCAUAUCCAGUGCUGUAUAUGUAUCACUCGAUGAGUUCCCCCUUGCCUUGGCAAAGUUGUGGCAAUUCCUGGAAUACGGACAAGUGCACCGAGAUUAGCGGUAAUUCAAGUUUUUUUAGCUCGAAUGGGACCAUCACGACACCGGAGGAUGAGUUUUUCCACCAUCGGCUGUUAAGAAUGUCACCAAGUAUCAAUCAAAUCGGCGAUAUCGUAUGGCCUGUGUUCUGGUGCAACGUAAUUUGUUGGAUCAUCGUGUACCUCUGCAUUUGUAACGGUGUCAAGAGCGUUGGAAAGAUUGUGUACUUCACGGUUAUAUUUCCUUACGUUGUGCUCACUGCGUUAUUUAUUCGUGGCGUCACGUUGCCUGGCGCUUGGAAGGGCAUUUUGUUCUAUAUCCUGCCGGAUUGGGGGCAAUUGAAGAAGCCGAAAGUAUGGGCAGACGCAGCUACACAAAUAUUUUACUCGCUUGGACCUGGAUGGGGAGGUCUAGUCAGUAUGGCUAGUUUUAAUAAAUUCCAUUACAAGAAUCUAAGGUCUUCAGUAAUUAUUCCCCUAGUGAACAGUGGGACAAGUAUUUGGGCAGGGUUCGUGGUGUUCUCCGUGCUGGGCUUUGCUGCGGAGCGGUCAGGGGUGCCAGUGGGUGAAGUGGCUACAGCCGGCCCUGGGCUAGCCUUCGUGACCUAUCCAGCAGCAGUCACGAUGAUGCCAGCACCAAAUCUGUGGGCUGUUACUUUCUUUGUCAUGUUGUUCUUCCUGGGCAUUGAUUCAAUGUUCGUGACCAUAGAGUCAAUAAUAGCGGGAAUAGUUGACGAAUUCCCAGCGUGCCGUGCACGGAAAAAACUCAUCACUUUCCUCACGUGUUUGGUGCUAUUUAGCCUUUCAAUCAUCUGCAAUACUGAGGGUGGUCUUCACGUUAUUGGUCUACUGGACACCCACGUGGCCAUAGCCUGUGUGCCAGUAGUCUGCGGCUUGGAGAUCAUAGCCGCAGUAUACACGUACGGACCAAGAAGGUUGGCAGCUGAUGUCCUGUUCAUGACUGGGCAGCCAUUGGGAAAAAUGUGGAUGGUGCUGUGGAGAUACAUUCUGCCUGUCAUUUUGUUGGUAAUUACAGUAUACUGCCUAAGAGAAGCCUCAGGGUUAGCUGGCUGGUGCGUGGCUCUCGUAUCCGUCAUCUGCAUACCAAUCCACGCAAUCAAACUGCUUCUCAAUUCAAAAGGAACAUUCAUACAGCGCAUUCGUGACAACUGCCGUCCAAGCAACGACUGGGGUCCCGCGGAUCCAGAAAUGCGUCACCUGUGGAAAGCUGCCAUUAACAAACAAAUUAACCAACACGUUAAACUGAAUAAUAUUGAUAAAGUAUAA